UCUAGUACAUUUAGUUUUUGAGCGUUUGAUCUUUAAAUCUUUUCAAACCUUACCGCAUUAUGUCAAACCAACCGGCACCAACUCGUCCCUGGUUUCGUUUAGGAUCCAUAUCAAGGCCAGCACCCCAAGCACCUAGUCAAAGCCCUGAACCCGCACCAGCCCCGCCACGACCAGCCGCUGUCCGACCUACAUUCAGGCCGGUAGUACAGGCUCAGCCUCCACCAAAUCAACCUCAAGCAACCGCCGAUGCUCCACCACCUGUGGGUGGUGUUUCUUCGGUUCCAUCAUCCCCUGUAGCUGUUGGUAGAACUUCUCAACCGUCUUCCCCUUCUGAUAAAAAACCUACAACUACCACAACGGUUCCAGUCAGUGCCACAACUUCUUCAGUGCCUAGUUCCCCCAUGAAGACAGUGCCAACUUUAACGGCAGCUGCGGCGGGGCAAACUACUUCUCCACUGAAAGCAGCAACAACUGCGUCAGUAACAUCUUCUCCGGCCAAGCCAGUGACAACUACUACCUCCGUGCCAACUUCUCCAGCCAAGACAGCCCCAACUACAACACCAGUGACAAGUUCCCCAACACAAAAACCUGACUCCGUUGUGACCACCACGACUCACGUACCUAGCCCUAAAGCAUCAACAACAACAGUCAAACCUGCCAUACAAUCUCCUAGUCAAUCACCAAAGAUCAAACCACCAACUGCUCCAGCACCUUCUCCUUUAACUCUCCCACCUCCCCAGUUGAAAGCUCAAGCUGAGCUUGAACCCAAAAUCCCUGUUGAGGCAGAGCAAAAGACUGUGCUUGUUCAAAAGACUUUUGACAAGCUCAAAGAACGGCUAUUUAGUGGUGCCCCUCAAAAGGAUCUUGGUGACACACACAAACCUAGCAUUCCACUGGAUGGACAGAAAGAACCGUCCAAGGAUGGUGAGAAAAAGGAGAAAGGUCAUGGCAAGAAGUUUUCUUCGGACUCGGAGGAUGCCGGUACGAGGGUCAUAACAAUUGCUGGUGAAAACAAAGGUGCUUUCAUGGAGGUAAUCCGAUCACCCCAUAAAAAUGGCUUUCAGGGCAGUCCUCAUCAUCUACAAAAGAGAGUAAUUUCUUCUCGAACUGGGGGGGAUGGCAGUGACCCCCAAAGCUACAGAAGCAGCAGCGAGGAAGGUGAUCGUAAGAUGAAGGACAAGAGCAACAAAUCAAAGACAAUGCCUAUUACAGCAUUCCUGAACAGCAACGUGCAAGGCAUUAAUAACUCAAUUGUCUACAAUUCUUCAUGCACUCACCAUGACCCUGGUGUGCACCUUUCUCUCCACGUAAAAUAAACUGGUAAUGGAUUCGAUAUUGAGGAACGGACCAAUGGUUACAACAGCUAGAGAAAAAGUAAAACAUCAAAAGGGUUUUAAUUACUUACAGUACCUACGUUUUUUCAGAAUAAAUAAUGCUUUAGAAGUUAUAUGAGUGAUUGCUAUCGGACACAAGGAUUCGGAUUCUUCAGUACCACUUUUUUUGUGGGCCUAAUUGAAGACGGUCCAUGUGCAGGCCUUUUAGCAUUGAGGAUUAUUAGUAUAUAUGCUAAACUCCGAUUACAAUAAAGGUUAAGGAUAAAACCAUUGUGUUUGAUGUUCACCGAUUAGCCUUUAUAUAUUCUUUCAAAACUUCUUGCCAACUGCCCAUAUUCCAAAUUUAUACUCCGUUAAAUCCAAAGUUUUUCUGUUUUUAUACCACGAUGUGGAAAACUUCUGAAAUUCGCAUUAGGAAAACUUUUCAUCCAAGAUGAUGACAGAGACCUUUCAGCUUUUUACACUUUGGUAUUAAAUUAUCCUAUUGCCAACGGAUCUACAGGACCAUCCAUGACACUUGCUCCAAAAGAAAAAUGAAAGAUGGAAAAU